CUCUCACGAACUGUUAGGACGCGACAUCUUGCUUUACUUGUUAGGGACAUCUCAGGGCCUCUAAUCUUGUCAACGAAAUUUUCAAAAAAUGCCUUCUGCAUCGACGUCAGCGUCGGCCUCAAAACCUUCGAAGUCUGCGAAGUCUACAAAGUCUACAAAACCCACCACCGAGUCCACUUCCACCUCAUCGAAACCGGCCAAAUCCAGUUCUAAGUCGAAAGCCAAGUCAAAGGCUACAGUUACCGAAACCUCUGAUGAUGUACCAGUCGAAGCUCGUAAUGAAGGUGUUGAGCCUACCUGGGAGUACAAACCACCUGCGAAGUUUGCAUCCGUUCACGACGCGAAGGGGCUGGAGUUCGAGUUCGGGGACUUCGAUUGGGAUAGCGUGAAAAAGGACGAGGAGGUCGAAGUGUGGCUUGUAAGAGUGCCAGAGUCGGUAAAACCAAAACAUCUCAAAGGUGUCCACCUCACCCUGCCAAAACCCUCUACUACUACUACUACUACUACCACCACCGCCACACCACCCAAACCGUCACCUUCCUCCUCGUUCUCCAGUGGCCUCGACUCUAGCUCCGACUCCGACUCCUCUGCCAAACCCUCAAAAUCGAAGUCAAAAACCUCUAAAAACACAAAUUCUACCUCGAACGUCGAGUCGGGUCCUACCAAAAUCGGUUCGCUCGAUCGGAAAGACAGAACAUACGACAUAUGGUCUUUACCCGCCGUUUCACCGCGAGAGGCGAACGCCCAAAAUAAACGAAGUGGUGAUGAAGACGGCGAGGAUGGCGAGGACAAGAGUGGUGCGACGAUGAUUGAGGGAGAGGAGCUGAGGACUCUGAAUGUUCUGUUGCCAAAAGCGAAGAAGGGCGGGAAGUUGUACCUCGCGCCAAAACCAAUAGCACGCCAUAUCGUCUUCUCCGCACCACCCGCUCUACCCGUCUCCACCCCCAAAACUGAAGCCUCACCAGCUGCGCUAUAUCAGAACCCGCCGCGUCACGCCUAUCCGCCCGAACUCCUCAAACAUCGCUUUAGGCCUUAUGGAGUGCGAGGGCAUGCGGAAGGUGAGGGUGGGGGCAAUAUUGCGGCGAUGGAUGUUGAUCGGGAAGUUGGUGAGGAGGAGGAAGGAGCGGAGAAGGCGGGGAGGGAGAAGGAGAAAGGGAAGAAGAGGAAGGCGGAGACUUCGCCUAAGAAGAGUAAGAAGGUGAAGACGCAGUGAUUCGAUUUGGAGCUUAGGUCUUGGAGUCGGGUUCUCACAGACUGGGUUGUGUACCGUUUGCCCUUCGUUCUAUAUCAGCUGGCAGCAAGCCUAACCCUCUACGGGCGUGAAUAGGUGAACUGAAAAAGUAAAGGUCUCAUCUUCUGAUUCGCCAUUGCGUGUGCGAAGGUAUACGAG